AUGGAAGAAAAGUUAAAUGAAAUGGAACAAGCUGGUAUCAUCACAAGGACAUCAACGCCUUACAGUAGUCCAUUGACAUUCACUCUUAAAAAAGACGGCUCAAUUAGAGUUCUGCUUGAUGCCAGAAGCAUAAAUAAGAAAAUGGUUGCAGAAACAGAGAAACCACCUAUACAAUUAGAUAUUUUCAAUUCAUUUCACGGAGCGAAUUAUAUCACUACCAUUGACUUAAAUAAUGCAUAUUUUCAAAUUCCGAUAAAUAAAGAUGGUAGAAAAUAUACUGGAUUCACAUUCAAUGGAAAGUCAUAUGUAUAUAAUGUUUUGCCGCAAGGAUUAAAAACAUCAGUAGGAAGCUUUAGCAGAGCCAUGAAUUUAAUAUUAGGACCAGAAGUCCAAGAAUUUUGUGUGAACUAUUUAGAUGAUCUAGCCAUUAUUACAACAGGAACGUUAGAUAAACAUUUGGAGCACAUUGAUAUUGUUUUAAGUAAAUGGAACAAAGCUGGCUUAACGUGUAACUUGCAGAAAUGUGAAUUUAUUUGUAAAGAAAUUAGAAUGCUGGGUUUUAUAAUUUCAACAGAAGGCAUAAAGACAGAUCCCGAUAAGAUUCGAGCGAUCCAAGAGUUUCCAGCACCUAAAAAGAUUAAACAAUUAAGGGCCUUUUUAGGUCUAUGCAAUUUUUAUAGAAGGUUUAUACCAAAUUACAGCGAGAGCAUAAUACCGCUCUGUGAAUUACUUAAAAAGGGACGAAAGUUCCAAUGGAGCGGUAAAGAACAGAAGGCAUUUGAUUUUAUAAAACAACAAUUUAUUAAUACAAUACAAUUGCAUCAUCCAGACUUUAAUAAGCCGUAUUAUUUACAAACAGAUUGUUCCGGUGUGGGUAUGGCCGGAGUACUAUAUCAGAUAGAUGAUAAUAAUGAAAUGAGAAUUUUAGGCUAUCAUAGUAAAGCCUUAAAAGGCCCCGAAUUAAAUUGGUCUGUUACUGAACAAGAGUUUUAUGCUGUAAUAAGCUGCCUAAAGAAAUUUGAAACAUAUUUGAGGGGCAGUAAAGUAAUAAUACUAACUGAUCAUAAAGCAUUAUUGUUUAUUAAUAAUAUGAAGUUAUUCAAUGGUAGAGUAACCCGAUGGAUUUUGUAUAUAGAACAAUUUAAUUAUGAAGUACAGCAUAUAUCGGGUAGACGUAAUAUUGUUGCAGAUGUGCUAUCACGUUAUCCUCCUGAUGGCGAUUUAAUACAAGAGGAUAAAAAUAAUAGUUUAGAAAUUGCUUACACAGAGAGCGAACCGAAUAUUGAGUUGAUAGAAAAAUUAAAAUCCUUAACAGUAUAUCAAUUACAAGAUUCAGAGUCGUUGGCUAUUAUUGAAAAGUUAAAGACAUUAAAUACUUCCAUAAUAAAACAAAACAAUAAAUUUAAAAGGUAUAGUUUGAAAAAUGAUGUAUUAUAUUACAAAACGAAUUUACAAGAAGUAAUAUAUUUACCUAAAGCAUUGAGACAAGAUAUUAUAAAUCAAGUGCAUGUCGAAAUGGGUCAUCAAGGACCCUAG